AGGUAGCCUACGUUGUUGCAAAAUAUUUUAAGACUAAAAGCAUGCAGUGCAAAUGGACACAAUCGUGUGUCUUUUUUUUACUUGCACUUUCACUUCCUUCUGCUUCAGAUGGUUCUCAUUCUUUGUGGUUGUUUUCAACUUACAUUCGUGGAAAAACACAAUUUCCUGAAUUUAGUUCCAUAACAACUUUGGAUGACAUCACAGUUGGAUACUAUAAUUCAAAGACAUAUAUUCCAAGAGGGAAUACAACAAACGAGGAUGAUGUGAUUGAUUCAGUUUAUAUAAAGGCUAUAAGUGACUUCAAGUAUAACUCCUUUUUGAGAAGAUCAGAACUGUUUAGGCAAGACAGCCAAAAUGGCAGUCUUGAUGUUUAUCAGACACAGGUUGUGUGUGAGCUGCUGGACUUCGACAAGCCGGGAAAGAUGAUUGUUACAGAUGCUACCAGAGGCUCCACCACAGAUGAAGUGUGUUACAUUAACAACACGUUUACUUAUACUGUGACUGUCAAUAUUAAACAAGAACUGAUCAAACCUGACCUGGAAGAAUUUAAGCAGGAAUUUGCAAAGACCUUUUACCCACUUUGUAUAAGAACUCUAAAGAAUUACCUCAAAAAGAGAAGAGAUCAAAUUAACAGAAAAAAACCGCCCAAUAUCACACUCACCCAAAAAGCAAACUCAGAUUCUGGAGGGUUUCGUGUGAGUUGUUUGGCAACAGGAUUUUACCCUCGUCACAUCAACCUGACCCUGUUCAGAGAUGGACAGCCUGUAUCUGAUCAUGAGAUCACUGGAGGAGAUCUGCUGCCCAAUGGUGACGGGACGUACCAGAUGAGGAAGAGUCUGGAGAUCAGUGCAGACAAACACAAAUACAGCUGCUCUGCCACACACCUCAGUCUGGACAACACACUGAUCAUUGAAUUAGAACAUGAACCAUCCAGACGUCACAUAGGAGUUGUUGUCGCUGUCCUGCUAUUGGUAUGUGCGAUAUCUGUGAUUUUUGCAGUUAUUUGCAUGAGAAGGCAGACGGGAAGAUAGAGAUAGAGGUAGUCCUAACUUAAUG